ACUCCUUCUGUGGAGUAACCCACCCCAGCCUUGCUAUCAAAACCAUCUUUGCCAUUAUUCAUCUCACAGGCUAUUUAUAGCCACGCUUUACUGCGUACCGAAGUUGUAACGGGCACUUGUUGUAAUGGGACAUUGUGGAUGGGUGCGUUUCCUGGUCAGUUUCCUCCAUUGGUAAAACAUUCAUCAUACAGUUUGCAAAGGGCUUUGAGAUUCUCGGAUGAACGGGGCCGUGUCAGUACAGACGAACUAAUGAAGCCUCAUUAUACCCACGUGAGCAUUAUGGCCGUUUUGAUGAGGAAACUGAGGCAAAGGAGGUGCAACAACUUGCCUGAGGUUGCUAAAAGAUUGAAUUCAUACACUCCAAAAUUCAUAUCCCUUGUAGGGUGGGAGGAUAUUAACUGGUUUGAACAAUAAACGUGAUUUUAUUGCAGGCAGAAUGUGAUAAGAUGAUGUCUUGAUGGGGCAAAGACGAUCUUAUUUCUAAAUCGAAUACAGCUUCUGUGUUAGUGUCCCAUUAAAGGGAAUCGAUGAAAUCUUUGCCGUAAACACGCGUACUUGCUUCUGUUGAGAUUAGCGAUCCGCUCCAAGGGAGAAGGAGGAGGGCAUCGAAUUACUUCCCAGUGAGCGUUGCCGUAGUAACAGAUGCGAGCCACCAUUGUGAAAUGAUACAAUAAUCCAGUACCUAACGGAGCUACUUCAUCCAUAGCUCUCGCAGCCUUUUAGAAAGACAUGUAUUACUGCCAAUGAUGGGGAAGCUGAGGCACGGAGAGGCAAAACUGACUUGCCCAUAGGCACGUGGGCUCCGAGGCAGAAGCCUGGAGUAGAACCCAGGUGUCCUGACAGCUGCAUAGCACUGUGCCCUACCUGGCCAGGUCAGUGUUGAGGACACACAUGAUGAAGGGUUGCAAUAUGGAGAAGCUUGUGUAACUAGUGAUCCUAUGCUGCAUAGAGAGAGGCCUUCAGACCCCUGAGCUGUCUCCAGGCACAUGGCAGCUGAAGUGAAUAAACUAAACUCAAUUCCCUUCUACAGGCGGGGUGGGGACAAAUGGACGUCAAUGGUUCACCUUCUAUAGGCUCUCUCUGGGGUGCCCUCUCUGGGAGCCACUGCUUCUUCUCUCUGCAGCUCCUUGUAGAAUCUUCCUCUCCUCGUUAGCCAGCGAUUCAGCAGGGCCAGGACGUGGACACAGAAGGUAACGCAGCAGAAUAGCGGCCCUGUGAGAUGUGCAGCUGUGCCUGAAAGAACUCGGUUGGUGGGGGCCAUGUCGCAGAGAUUUCCAGGACUCGCUUUGUAUGCUGAUACACAGCCAGGUCUCAAUAAACCCCAUUGAUUGUGGCUAGAGGCAUCUCCACGUCAUUUGUCCAUGUGCCCAGAGGCUUGGAAGGAUUGGUAACUCUGGGCGACCGACAGCUGGUUGGUUUGUAGAUUAUUAGCUACUUGGGUCAUACCACUGGCUACACGCUCACAUACUGUCUUCCCCUCGCCUCCUGCCUCCACCAACAUAUAGGGAAGGGACCUGUGAGUGCGGAGGGUGUCACUUCCACAGGGCACAGACGCAGAAUGGGGUCAGACCACAGUAGGCAGACCAUUGUCUCCUCUCUACCCCUCUUCUUUGUAAUCCCUGUCGUCUUGCAGACCAGCCGGAGACACAGUCGUUGAUGUGUGUAUCGUGAAAGCCCAACUUGAAUUGUGGGAUGAUUGUCAAAUAAUUGCAGCUGAGUUGUGGACAAGACAUGGAAAAUUGCGGAGAAGUAAUAAUGGCCCUUUAUUAAUUGGGGUCAUUUGCAAAAGCCAGAGGAGAUCUGUUUGUUUAAGAAAAAUUUGCUAGAACAAUAGAAACACUCAAGUUUUAUCAAAAAGAACAAGGAGUACUUGUGGCACCUUAGAGACUAACAAAUUAUGCUGGCUAACUUUUUUGAUGAUUGGACAUUUUGCUGCAACUGUAUUAGAGUUAUUAAUCGCGGGGCUGUCAGCAGGCUAUCAGUGCACAAAGCACACGUGAAUCAAUACAGGAGCAUAGCGUGGUGGUGAACACACAGAUACUUUAAUAAUAGUAAUAAUAAUAAACAGGAUCAUUUUUUGUGACACUUAAACCUCAAGUUUUGCCUAUUUUAUGACUAGGUCUGAUACAGUCCACAUCAUAUUGUGUAUUAAUUGGCCUGGCUUGUGAAUGGCUCCAAAACACCAGCCUUCCUUGAGGAGGACUCUGUUUGCAAAGGCCGAUACCGCAGGCAGUUGAGUACCUAGGUGUGCUGGAGGCUGGCCUGUUUUGCUGUGCAUAUUAUGCCACAGUUCAUCUUUGUGGCAAAAGUUUUAGGCAGGGAGACUGAAGCAGGAGUUAUUGUUAUAUAACAUGGUCUCGCUCUGCCUUUUGCUUUACCUCUUUUAAAGCUUUGUGGUGUCUUAUGGCUUGGUUGGUGCAAACUUCAGGGUUUUGUGGUUUUCCCAAAAGAAAGUGAACAUAUCGCGCAGUUAAGCACUAGUGCUUGGCCAGGUCCUGCUGCAAAAAUCAUAUCUGGUGCACAUUGAAGGUGCCUAAUGUCAACUUUAUUAAUUAGCUCCUCCUCCCCAUAUGCCUGGCUUGCUGUUAUUGAGAGGGUGAGAUUGUCAGUGACUGUGGGUGAUUGUUUUUCCCCCUACCUUCUGCUGCAGUGUGUGGAUGCAGGUGACCUGCCAAGAUUAUCAGGGUCUAUCUCACUUACUCAUUUCCCUGCCAUUUGCGGCAUCUUGGGGCAUCAGUGCAUCUUGGUCCUUCCUAUUCUCUGCCUGUGGCACAAAGUCGAGGUUCUAGAGGGCUGUAAUAUUUGGUUUCCUUUUGGUUGCUGGGUGGUGGUGGCUUGUGAUAUACAGGAAAUGAGACUAAACUUAAGACCCUGUGACAAGUCUCCUCGACUGCAGAGCUGGUGUUCAGAGCCCUCCAGUCUGCUCCUCAGGGUCAGAGGGUGCUUUUUGUUACUGGGGCGUUGGACUAGAUACCUAGUAACCUGUUCAGACAAAUGAAAAAUACUUAGUUGCAAGAUUGUGCAGUGUGCAUUAACUCCUUGACAGGCAGGGUUAUGAGUUGGUGACGUGAACUAUUUCAGCCCUUUACUGUUGCCGGUAGCAGGUUUAUCAGUGGACUCACUUCUUCCACCCACUGCAGGAGAGAGCACAGUGGGCGGGUUUUGCCGUAUGCUUUGCAAGGUGACUUCAUUCUGGUGCUAUACUUCAGACAGGAGAGCUCAGCAUCAAGCCUCUGCUUUGUGAAGAGUCUUCAGAGGAUCCAGUGUUCGUUGGAAUUUUCGCGUGAGAUAAAGUGGCCUGGGGCUGGCGGGUUUUCCAAGGGUAGACACUUUAGCUGCAUUUUAACCAGAGCUGGCUGAUGUAACACCACAACUCGAGUUCUCACCCCAGGACAGAGAGCUCCUGGAGCUGCUCAUCUUUUGGAAAGAAGAGGAUAAUCUAGGCUAUCCCCACAGAACUUGUUCUCCUGCAGCAGAAAGCAUGGCAAACACUUCCUAUGCCAUGGCAAGGGGACACUCUAAUGCAACAAUAGUUGAUUGUUACGUGGAAGCAGACUUCCAGUACCAUCUCUUCACUAUCAUCUACAGCAUUGUCUUUGUACUGGGACUGCUAGAAAAUGUCUUGGCUCUCUACCUUUUGACUUGCAAGGUCAAGCACACCUCACACUCCUACAUCUACCUCAUCAACCUGGCUGUGGCAGAUACCUUGUUUGUUUGCAUAUUGCCCUUUAAAAUUCAUUACCACCUGAACCAGAACGAUUGGAUCUUUGGAGACAUGGCUUGUAGGAUCACUGGGACCUUAUACUACAUCAACAUCUACGUCAGCAUUGCCUUCUUCACCUGUAUUUGCAUGGAUCGUUACGUGGCGGUGCUUCACCCCUUCGCCUACAUCCGGAUCAAAGUCACCCACUACAUGAUAGUGGUCACAGUCUUUUGGUUCAUUGCUGCAAGCAUCACAAUCCCGCUUAUCGUUGGGGGGCCCCUUCACAACAGGGGCACAGGGAACAAGACUGCAUGCUUUGAGAACUUCUCGCUGUCCAGCUGGACCCAUCGCAUGAUGCCCUACAAUGUCUGUGCCUUGCUGUUCGGCUUUGUCAUCCCGUUUGCUGUCAUCCUCAUCAGCUAUCCUCUCAUUGCCAAGCGGAUCGCCCACACCAGAUGCAGCAUUCACAAGAAGAAGGCCUUGAGGACCAUCUACCUGAUCCUGCUCAUCUGCAUCCUGUGCUUCCUUCCUUAUCUCACUCACCUACUCCACUUCCUGAUGAGGGUCCAGCUCAUCCAAAGUUGCCCGUUUACCAACUUAAUUUACAAAAUGCGCCGGGUCACUAUGGCCCUGGUCAGUUUCAACUGCUGCCUGAACCCCAUCCUAUACUACUUCACGGCUUCCAGCAAGCCAUGGCGUCUCAGCCUCAAGUUCAGAUCCAAAACCAAGGUUUAUACCAUCUGUGACAGAAAAUUCAAUGACUAUCCUUAUAAAAGCAAGCCAGCAGCAAGACCACCAACACAGCAAUUGAAUGAAAUGCCUUUUUUAAAACAAGGUCAGUAAGUUAUUCACCCACAGGUUACGGGUUCAAAUCCAAGUGAACUUUGAGGAGGAGUAGUAAUCAGGUGGUGUCAGUCCACUUCCUAGGAGACUAGAGUCUGUUAAUUGGCAAGGGUGGGCUCAACAGACAACAUGAAGAUAACACAGGCACUUCUGCUAAUGUGUUUUGUGUAUAAAUAGGACUUCAGGAGCUGUUGAUCCCAACUAAAGUGGGUCAAGAAUGUAUGGCAGUAUUUCCACUUCAAUGUUACUUAUUAAGCAGUACAAAAACAAAAUCCUUUGUUUGGAAAGUGGAAAUUAGCCUCCAAUGUCAAAGUAAACAGAUCAGCUGGCUUUCUAUUUUAUCUUUGUAGAAUAAGAACAAUUCCAGUCUGUGUAUAGCAUGAAAUAUUAAUUAUUAAUAGUUGACACAUUAUACAUGAAUUAUCCAAACUAAUGGACCUGCAUCAGUACAGUUUGGUAUACUGAUCGCUUGACAGUCAUUUCAUCAUCUGUAUCCUUUGACUGCUAUUGAGACAGACUGGUGGUCAAGUGUCUAGCACAAAGGACUGGGACUCAAAGGGCUAGGUUCUAAUCCCAGUUGCUUUGCAGGACAUUGAAUCUCUGCCCAUGGGAUUAGCGGAACACUGAAAGUUAGCUUUGCUUUCUAUCAGAGGGAUGUUCUUCCUCUUGAUAAGAGGCCCCUUGUGGAGUACAGAACCUCAGCUUGUGUUCAGGCUUCUCAGCUAUUGUUCACAGUCAUGUAAGUAGUUACUUAUCCAUUACUGCAUAUGCAUAAAUAUUAUGCUUAGUUUGAAUCCCUCAGGCCUACUUUUAAGUUGUAACCCCUUGCCAGUGUUCUGUACUAUUCCAGCUGAGCCUAUGUUCAAUGCAAAAGUAACAAGAUAAUUGAAUCAUUUUGUUCACAAGCUUCAAAGGUGGCAGAGUGAAUUAAAAUGCUGUUAAGAGCAGUAUCUUUGUGUGCUGUUCGUAUGUAUGUUGAGAAAGCAAAGUGCUGGCAUCAGAAUGUUUGUAAUAUUACAAAAAUAAAUGUGAAUGGAAAGAC